CCCUCGCACCGCUCCUCUGUCUCAGUUUCCCAGCAGGACCAGUAUCUACUACAGCUCAGCGCGCACGUCUGCGCCCUCCACGCACCAUGGCUGCACGGAUCACUGCCUCUCUGCUGGCUGCGCUUUGGCUGUUCGUCCACACCUGCGGAGUAUGGGCCAUUGUGGAGGUGAACAUGGAGGAGAAAGUGGAGGUGUUCCGGGACAGUACAGCUCAGAUCACUUGCAUGUACACAUCAGACGAAGGCAUCGGUGGGAUUUCCAUAGAGUGGCUUAUCGUAACACGUUCAGGAGAAAAGGAGAAAAUCUACUUCCAGGACAGCUUUCAGACAAAAAUAGAGCCAAACACUCCUUACACAGACCGGAUCAGCGUCAAUAGAACUGGAGCAGAGGAAGUGGUUCUAACCAUCGAUAAAGUGCAGCUAGAAGACGAACGGGAAUUCAUCUGUCAAAUUAAAAGUUUCACUGAAGUUUCGACGGGGAGCACAAACCUGAGAGUGUUUCAAAGACCAAACCUUCCCACCAUCGAGGGGAGGACAGAUGGUGUUGCAACUAACGAAGACGAGCUGUCAGAGAUCGGCACAUGUGAGGUGAAAAAUGGAUAUCCCAAACCCAAAAUCACUUGGUAUAGAAACAAGGACCCGCUGCAGGAUAUUCCAAACGAGGUGGAAGUGUCAUCAAGAACCACCACCCAAUCGACCGGCCUGUUCUCCGUAGAGAGCAAGCUCAACCUGAAGGUGAAGAAGGAAGACAAAGACGCUAAGUUCUAUUGUGAGGUCACCUACUCACUUCCUGGAAGUGAAGCCAUGACUGAAACUGAACGCAUCAACAUCACAGUGUUCUAUCCUUCCACUGAGCUCUAUGUUUGGGUUGACUCUCCAAAGGGUAAAAUCAAAGAGGGCGACACAGUCAGACUUCACUGCAGCGGCAACGGAAACAGUCCAUCGUCAGUUUUUUCAUUCAAGCACAAUGACGUUGAUAUUCCUGGUGAAGCCAGUGUUAAUGUUCUGGAGAAUGUUUCCCGUCUAAACAGUGGAGUUUACCAGUGCACCUCCACAGAUAUGGACACCUUCGUGGAGCUUUCAAACACGACUACAGUAACUGUCAAUUUUCUGGAUGCUGCGGUUGUGACUCCCAGUAAGACCGUUACCAUGGCCAUGGGACAGGAGAUGGAGGCCACCUGCAAUGCUCUCUCCUCUCUCCAGACUCAGACGGUCUGGCUAAAGGACGGAGAGGAGGUUGCAAAGGGUCACACUUUGACCCUGAAGGCUACAUCAAUGGACACAGCCGGGACAUACAUGUGUGUAGUGACUGUUCCUGAGGUCGACGGAAUGGAAACCAACAACACACUGCGAGUGUUUGUUAAGAGCUCACCGGUGCUUAAAGAGGACGAUGUGACAGAAGUGGAGACAGAGGAAGAAACUGUGCUCCUGAGCUGUUAUGCCAGAGGCUUCCCUGUUCCUGUAAUCACCUGGGGCACCCAUUCUGAAAAGGAACAGCUUAUUACUGAUGGAGGCUUGGUGAAGGUAAUAUCCCUGGAACAGACCGACGACAGCACUAACAGCACAAUCAGUGUUAAGGUGGAUUCCAACGCCACCAUUUUCUGCAAGGCCUCGAACGACGAAGGCUCUGACAAAGCCACGUUCAACAUCAAAGUCAUGACCACUGUAUACACCACACCAGCAACAACCACUACAACUACUACUACCACAACCACCACGACUACUACCAAUAACACCUUUACCAUUUCCAAUGGCACAGUCAAAGCAAAACCCCCUAACUCAGCAGAGAAAGUCAAGGCAGAGAGCAAUGGAGUCAUAAUUGCAGUCGUCAUUAUCUGCAUCCUGCUUCUGGCCAUUCUGGGCAGCGUGCUCUAUUUCCUCUAUAAAAAGGGAAAGAUCUGCGGCCGAUCUGGAAAACAAGACCUCACAAAAGAGAAAUCCAGCAAGGAUAACAUAGUGGUUGAGAUGAAGAACGACAACACAGAAGAAUCCAUCCUUCUUGGUGCCAAUGGAGAAAAGCAGCCCCCCAGAGACUAGAGCAGGGAUAACCUGCACGUCGGGGUGUGAGGAGGCCACUGUAAACCCCACCGACAGCUGCUCCUGUUGCCCCCUCUCAGGCCUAACUGCCCUUCAGGCGUUCAAGCGAUGAACCUCUCUGCUUCCACUCCGUCGCCGUUCGAUGAGACGCGGUUUAACUGCUGAUAAAUCCUCCGACCUUCAAGCCAAAGAGCCUCCUUUCUUCAAGCCUUUGUACACCGCUGAAUGUCCACUGAAAAACCAUCCGAGCACAAAGCUGAGCAGGGACUGAUUUUAUAAGUGACUUAGCAUGAUCGAAUGCAAACUAAAGAGCAGCCUGAAGCCUUUCAAUUUGUGUACAUAUUAUAAUCUAUGUAUAUAUUUCUUUAUUUAAAAUAACACAGAAGAAAAAGGAAAGUAAAUAAUCAGGGGGUGUUUGUUUUUUUUUUUUGGUGCUUUUUCACAGAAAGAAUGGAGAGCUAUGUUGAGCUAGGAUUGGUCUGCACACUGAAAGUGAAGGCCUCAGCCAUCUGAGGCCUCGCCUCUUUUUACAGCCAGUUCUUCACCGAGUCUUUGCCUUUUUGCUGCAAAUUAACAAGUCAGGUAUCGUUCAGUCUGUCUUCAUGUCUACAAUCUGUUAUAAAUUAAUGAAGAUACAUAUUUUUUGACUGAAAAAACUUCACUUUUCUUUAUGUUUUCAUUUCUCAUCAGAGUCAUCCGUUGGUUUUGUGUUUGAUCUCCAGUGCACUGUGAUUUUAUUUUGAAAGGAUGAAGGAAAUAGUAGUUGAACGGCAUGAGCUUACCCUCAUUACAAA